AACCAGUCCUCGGAGAACCGUGGGUCUUACCGGAGCCGUAUAUACGUGUAUUGUCGCCCGUGACUUUUCGUCGUUCUCGGGAUUUUUCUCGCUGGCUGUACACCCAUACCCGUAUACGUGUCGAUAAUCUCCGGAGAGGUCGGUGAACCUGGUCGCUCGCGGUCGCGGUCGCGCAAGCUCUCUCCUCGUCGUCCUCAUCGUCUUCGUCGUCCUCGUCGUUCGGUGCCAGCCGACCGACGACCGUGUUCAGGAGGUACGGUCCUGAGGAUGAAAUCUCCAGGAGAUUAUAGAGCUUAGCGGCAAAAGAGACGGAACGAGAGGGGGAGGAAGCCAGAGAGAGAGAGAGAGAGAGAGAGAGAGAGAGACAGAGAGAGAAAAAGAUCGGUAAAGCAGGAUCGGGCGAAACGUAACCGCGGCUCGGAUCGUUACGCCGAUGGGAGUCGAGCCCUCCACGGAUGCCGAGGGGAUCUUGUGGUAGUGACAUGGACGACGUGAGGUAAAAAGAUCGCCGUUGGUCCCAGGAUUUAAAUGGAUCGUGGCCGGUCUCCGCGACAGAUAGGACUCAUAAUCGCUGGAGGAACCGCGAUCGUCGAACGGGAUUUGAUGGAAGAUUGAGGGAACGAGAACGAGAGAGAGAGAGAGAGAUAGAGANAGUUGUGUGUGUGUGUGCGCGCGCGCGCGAGCGAGAGAGAGAGAAGAGAGAGGGCGGAAAGAUGCGGGGCAGUCCUGCGUUCUUCGCCAUAUUGCUGGGCACGAUAUUCGGUGUCCUCGGCGCGUCCCUCAGCAAGGCGCUGAGGUACAAGGCGCCGGACGAGUGCAAGUGGGUAGCGACCGGCGACACCGAGGACGACGUGUCGCUGGUCUGCAGAUUGAGGACCAUCAACAGCGAGCUGGAGAACACGAACUUCAGCGUGAUCCAGCCUCAGCACACGGUCCGGCUGCGGCUCGAAUGCAGCGACGGAUUGUUUUAUCAGAGUUCCCUGAGCGCCGGCAGCUUUCGACCGUUGGUCGAGCUCAGGGAACUGGUGAUCGAGUACUGCAAGAUCGGCAAUCUGUCCGACGACGCGUUCAAAGGGCUCAAAGAGCUGCGCAAUCUGACCGUCAGAACGCACAACACCGACUGGUCGGCGAUGGCGCUGGACGUGUCCGCUGGCGCGUUCACCGACGAGCUCAGGCAGCUCGAGAAGCUCGACUUAGGGGAGAACAACAUGUGGAGCAUCCCGGAGGGCGCGCUGUGCCCCCUGAUCAACCUCGAGAUCCUGAACUUGACGCGGAAUAGGUUGCGCGAGGUGACCAGCUUCCAGUUCAACGGGGCAGCCAGGUGUCUGUCGAACCUGAAGGAGCUGGACCUGAGCAACAACAGCAUCGAGUCUCUGCCCAGCGCCGCGUUCUCCGGAUUGACCAGGCUGCACAGCUUGGAUCUCCGGUGCAACGCCAUCAGCUUCAUGGCGGACCGCGCGUUCGAGGGCCUCUCCUCGUUGGCCAUCUUGAGGCUCGCGGACAAUCGACUCGCCAGCCUGCCGCCCGAGCUGUUCAGCGACGCGAGGAGCAUACAGGAGAUUCACUUAAGGAACAAUACGUUGAACGUGUUGCCGCCCGGGUUGUUCAGUGAACUGACGCAGUUGUUGGUGCUCGAUCUGUCUCACAACGAGUUGACCGCCGAGUGGGUAAACGCGGCCACGUUCGGCCGCCUGCUGCGGCUAGUGGUGCUGGACCUGUCGAAUAAUCGUAUCGGCCGGUUGGACCCGACGGUGUUCCGCGACCUCCAAACCCUGCAGAUCCUCCGGCUGCAGGAGAAUCUGCUGGAGAGCCUGCCGGAGAACACGUUCUCCGCGCUCUAUAAUCUGCACACGUUGCUGCUCAGCGAUAAUCUGCUGACUGUUAUCGACGCGACCACGCUCAACGGACUCUACGUUCUGAAUCUGCUUUCGCUGGACAACAACCGGCUGCACACGAUCCACCCGAGCUCCCUGAGAAACGUCUCGUCCCUCCAGGAGUUCCACCUGAACCGCAACCAGCUGAAAUCGGUGCCGGACGCGUUGAAAGCCACUCCCCUACUGCGAACCCUCGACCUCGGCGAGAACCUCAUUUCGGAGAUACCGACCGGCACGUUCGACCAUGUCGACCAGCUAUACGGGCUCCGGUUGACCGAAAAUCACAUCGGCAACCUGACCAAGGGCGUGUUCGAUCGUAUCAAGGAGCUGAAGAUAUUGAAUCUCGCGAUGAACCGGAUUCAGUACAUCGAACCCGGCACGUUCGACGAGAACCUGAAUCUCCAAGCGAUCCGGCUCGACGGGAAUCAACUGACGGACAUCACGGACUUGUUCACCAAUCUACCGAACUUGGUCUGGCUGAACGUCAGCGACAACAAGCUGAAGAGUUUCGACUACGAGAUGAUACCGACCCGGCUGCAGUGGUUGGACAUACACUCGAACGAGAUCAGAGAGCUGGGAAACAAUUUGGAGAUCGAGAGCCAGCUGCAGCUGAGCACGUUCGACGCCAGCGAGAACAAGCUCGCCGAGAUCACCGGGAACGCGAUCCCGAUGAGCGUCGAGAGACUCUAUCUGAACGACAACCAGAUCUCGAAGGUGCAGAGCUACUCGUUCUUCAAGAAGCCGAACCUGACGCGCGUCGACCUCAAGGGGAACCACAUCCGCAACUUGGAGCCGUACGCGUUGAGGAUCAGCGCGGUCGCGGCCGACAAGCCUCUGCCAGAGUUCUACAUAGGAGACAACCAGUACCUGUGCGACUGCACCAUGGAGUGGUUGCAGCGGGUCAACAGGCAGAACCAGAGCAGAGUGCAGCCCCGCGUGAUGGACCUCGAGAGCAUCUACUGCGAGCUGCUCUACGACCGCGAGCACGCGUUCGUCCCUCUGGUCGAGGCGUCUCACUCGCAGUUCCUCUGCAAGUACGACACCCACUGUUUCGCGUUGUGCCACUGCUGCGACUUCGACGCCUGCGACUGCGAGAUGACGUGCCCGUUGAACUGCACGUGCUACCACGACCAAUCGUGGUCGGCGAACGUGGUCGACUGCUCGAACGGCGGCCACGUGAACAAGCUACCCGAGCAGAUCCCGAUGGACGCGACGCGGCUCUAUUUGGACGGGAACGACCUGCGGGUCGUGUCCAGUCACGCUUUCAUCGGCCGCAAGAAGCUCAAGGUUCUGUUCCUGAAUUCCUCGAACAUCGAGAUCGUGCAGAACCGGUCGUUCAACGGUCUCCGGGACCUGGAGGACCUUCAUCUGCAGGACAACAGGAUACGCGAGCUGAAGGGACACGAGUUCGAGGGGCUGGACGCGCUCAGGCAGCUCUACCUGCAGCGGAACAGGAUCGUAUCCGUCGGCAACGACACGUUCGCGUCCCUGAGAUCGCUCAGGCUGCUCCGGCUCGAGAACAACCGGCUGACCACGCUGGCCGUCUGGACCCUGCCGUCCGCCAUCGAGAUCAGUUUAUCCGGGAACCCGUGGUCCUGCGAGUGCGACUAUCUGCAGAGUUACCGCGAGUGGAUCCGCGAGCCGAGUGUCCGCGUGACGGACGCGUCCGUGCUGCGGUGCGUGUACAACGUGACGGAGUUCGAGGCGUUCGGUGACGAGGUGUUCGCGGACAACGAGUUCGGGUUCCUGGUGACGGCAGGGGAUCGCGAGAAGAGCAACGAGACUGCGGUGUGCUCGGGCGGGGCCAGCAUCGACAACGACGUGCACCGGAACUACACCAAGACGAUCAUCGAGAAGCAGGUCCUGCAGGACUAUCUGCCCUUGGUAGUGGCUACCUUGGUGGGCUCUUUGCUCGUGGUGCUGAUCUGCAUGCUGGCGUUCGUGUUCCGGCAGGAGCUCCGUGUCUGGUUCCACUCGAGGUUCGGCGUCCGGAUAUUCUACAGGAACCACGAGGUCGACAGGGACGACCGGGACAAGCUGUUCGACGCGUUCGUCAGCUACAGCUCCAAGGACGAGGCUUUCGUCGCCGAGGAGCUGGCUCCGGUCUUGGAGAUGGGGAACCCGUCGUACAAGCUCUGCCUGCACUACAGGGACUUUCCAGUCGGCAGCUUCAUCGCGGACACCAUCGUGCAGGCGGUCGAGUCCUCGAGGAGGACGAUCAUGGUGCUCUCGGAGAACUUCAUCAAGUCCGAGUGGUGCCGAUUCGAUUUCAAAAGCGCGCACCACCAGGUGCUGCGGGACAGAAGGCGUAGGCUGAUCCUGGUGCUGGUGGGCGACGUCCACCAGCGGGACCUCGACCCGGACAUCAGGCUCUAUCUGAAGACCAACACCUACUUGCAGUGGGGCGACAAGCUGUUCUGGGAGAAGCUGCGGUUCGCGUUGCCCGACGUGCCCAACAACCAGAGGACCACGCAGAGGACGAGGCAGCCGCCGCCGGUCCGACGGCAGCACAACAACAGGACAUCGAACGGCUCGCGCACCGUCUCCGUGCACAUAUGAAGUGGCUUCCGUUGUCCCCCUGUGCGUUUUACCUGUGCCUGUGUGUCGUAGCCGCCCGUUCGCUCAUUCGUGUUCGUCCAUAUGUGUGCCUGUGCGCGUGUGUAUCUCUCGGUGCGAAUGAUUGUGCACGGUUGUUCACGGAGUUACGUUUCGUUUCGUUUCGGAGUGGGCGUCCCCCGCGGAUCUCACGGCGAGACCAGACACAGAGAGAGAAUCAGCGCGAGCGGACGCUUGCCACCCAGGCGUCGGCUACCCCGGUUACACAGUGCAUUUCUACUGCGGUGCAAUACGUGGCAGACGGAUAGAGAGUGUAAAUAUAACAGCGAGGAUUUCUAUAUAUGUACAUGUAGAUUCGGAAGUGUACGAGAGCGCGCGGGAGCAGUGUUGUAAAUAGAUCCGUGAGAUGGGAGUGAAUAUAUGUAUAUGUAUAUUUAAGGUGCUUCCUCGUGAGAAAACCGGAUACACACGGAGACACGGCGGUCCCGGUGUUCUGUAUAUUACCCAGCGAGUCAGUGAGUCGAUAGAUAGCUUAAAAAGUCGUUGUAAAUAGAAACCGCGCGCCGCGCUCGGUCUUUCGCACGAGACCGUUCCGCGUAUCGUCCCCCCCGAGUUCUCUAUUAACGGAUUUAGAGUGCGCGAAGAGAAACGAUUAGUCUCUCCGUCCUUCUCGCUCGUCCGACGAGCAGGACAGAGAGAGAAAGAGAGAAAUAAAUAUAUAAAUAUAUAUAUACAUUUUGUGUGUAUAUAUAAAUAUAUGCGGCCCCGUACUUCGGCACGCUCGCCGUGUGCCAUUUGUUUCAUCUUUCCCAGUUUCGCGAAUUCUUCUUUUGCCUUUUUAAAUAAGCCGUCGCCAUACCGCGGGAAAGAGAGUGAGAACGAGCGAACCCGGCCUCGAGGAAUCGAGAACCAGUUGUCCGGCGGCGGUGCUUGUCGUUGUCGUUGCUCGGUAGACUGCGAGAGGAACGCGACAGAACGCUCGGCAACGGUGAACACGGUUCCGCGAGUCGAAACGAGUCGAAGCGAGUCGAAGCGGGUCCACGAGAAUUCCUCGAGGGCCGAGUCGUGCGCACCCGUCGACGGGCGUCGGGGCAACCGAUCGCAAGCUGACAGUGAUACCACUUCCUAAUCGUAGCUAUCAAUGUGUAUUUAAUUGUAUCGGGCCGGCCAAACAGUCUCCUCGGUCGUUCAUCCACGUUGCUUUGUAUCAUAACACUUUGCCGACAGUUUGUCAAUAAAUUGGCACCCCAAGGGUCGCUGAAAGUUCAACGGACGCCGCAUUGUUUAACCCUUGCGCACUGUUCACAUUGUUCGCACGUUUCUCUUUCUUGGAAACUCUUCAUUUUAUCUCAGUGUUAGAAGCACCGAACAGUCAAAGAGAUUCAUUUGUUCGGACUUCCUGUGAAUUGUAAUAUACUCGAGGAUGAAUAAAUUUAUUUAGUAAUUUCUUUAAAAGAAAAUACCUUCGUCAUUGCAGUAUUUGUAACAUGAAAAUAAUAAAAUGAGACAUUUGGAUACAUUUAACAGUUUUCAUAUGCACCAUUUGUGCCGUCGUACGAUAUUAGUAACAAAUUGUGGGUUCCUCUUUGGUCGCGUUGACGAUGAACGCGGUUAAUCGAACAUAAUUUAGCUACGAAGCAAACGGGGGUGACUUCUUGGCCGACCAAAUACUCGAGAGGCCGGCAAGCGACGGAUCUUCGGAUUCAGGCUCUUCGUCGCUGCCGUGACCAAUUUGUAAAGUAUUAUAAUGCGUGCGUCUAUGGUCUAUCUCUCGAAGAAAGGCACCCGAGAUUCGCAGAACAUCUCAGCAACCAACUAUAGCAGUUAAAGUCGUAAUCGGUCUCUAAUGCACUCAGAAUCUUUUUCUUGGCCCAGCAAGCGUGUAAUAUAUUCGCAUUAAGAUCUGCAAUGCAAUCAUGGGACGAUCGGCGCGUCUCGGGUCUCUAGUUUCGAGAGGCAGACUGUAAUUCUUAUUUAUUUCGUCCCGGAACGUUGACAGGGACGUUGCCGCGUGACUCGCGAUUCCACGUGGUACGAACUCUUUCACACACCCACACACACGCACACACAUUCUGUUUUCACGAUUGUUUUCCGUGUGUAUACGAAUUCGGCGGUCCGCUCCCGUUUCUUGCCACAGCGAGCAAAUAAUCGCGCGAUCACGUCGACGGGCGCAGAGAAAAUUUGCGGCGUCGCGCGGCCUCUGCGUCCCGUGCUCUCUCCGUCUCUCUUCCCCUCAGCCCCGCACCGCAACCGGUGUGAACGAUGAAUCAAAAGUUCACGUGCAAUUCCGGCACACCCAGUCCCCUCUCUCUCUGUUUUAGCCGCGACCGUCGAAUUCGGAAUGCUUGUCACGCAGGGAAACUAAAGUACCGCUAUAAAUAAUUGAAAUAUAAUGUACAAACGUGGAACAAUUCUACCCUUUAGCUUUCCUCGCAAGUGGCUAUUCAUGUUUUCGCAAGACCCACUCCCCGACACAACGUGAAAGAUAUUAUUAGAAUAAACAUCUGUGACUGAAACAAUAAAAUGCUCUAUUUUUAUGUUUUUUAACACC